AUGGAUAAUGGCAUGGGUAUGGUGUCACAGCUCGCAGCUACGGCUUUUCGUAAAGAGCGCGGACGCAGCGCAGCGCUGAAUUUGGUCCCUCUGGAGACGCCGUCCGGGCUCCUGCCUCGCUCAGGUCACGUGACCGAGGCUUUCGGUGAAGGAGGAAGCGUUUUACUGCGGGGUCCUGGGCUGGGGCGGACAGCGGGCGGGAUGGAGGCGACUUUGGAGCAGCAUUUGGAAGACACAAUGAAGAAUCCAUCCAUUGUUGGAGUCUUGUGCACAGAUUCACAAGGACUCAAUCUGGGCUGCCGUGGUACCCUAUCAGAUGAGCAUGCUGGAGUGAUAUCUGUUCUAGCCCAGCAGGCAGCUAAGCUAACCUCUGACCCCACUGACAUCCCUGUGGUAUGUUUAGAAUCAGACAAUGGGAACAUCAUGAUCCAGAAACACGAUGGCAUCACAGUGGCAGUGCACAAAAUGGCCUCUUGACAUCUCCUGUCAGCUCUCCAGCAGCCUGGCACAGGGAUUCUGUCCUACCUGUGUCAGUUAACUUGUAAAACUAUUAAAGUUCCAGAAGUUAGGCUGUUCACUUAAUGUGCGGUGUGGACUUUAUUUAUAUGCCAAUAUACCAGUUAGAAAGGACUGUAAUUGUUGUUGUUGUUUUGGGGGGGUUCUUUUGUCAUUUUGCUCUUUGGUGACAGUCACUGCAAUCUAAUAUUGCAGCUCAUCAUUGCCUAGAACCGUGUAUCCCAGGCUGACCUCCUGCUUCAAAUGCCUGUCCUGGGAUUAUAGGCAUUUGUCACUGAGAUCCAAGUCACUUUGUAUAUAGAACUUUGUUGUGGUCAAUAAAUCUGUUUAGAGGAAA